CCCAUCUUUCUUUCACCACAGAAUUAACACAACUCUCAGACAUUUUCAGCUUUAUCCCAACUUCACUCAAGUAAUUACAACAGCAAUGAAGAUCCUCUGUGUUUUCCUGACCUUUAUCUUCACUGUGUCUUGUGGUCCAUCAGUUCCACAGAAAAGAAUAAGAGAAGUUGCAGAGAGAAAAAGACAAUGUUUGCUUGUUCGUGGUGUUUGCAAGCCUGAGUGCAACACCUGGGAGUACGUAUAUAAUCACUGUGAUACUGAGCCCUGCUGUGUGGUGCGGCAAUACCAAAAGCCAACCGCUAAACAAAUUGCACUACAAACCACACAAAUGUAAUUCAGAAUUCGAACACACCAUAUGAUAUUACAUUGUAACAGUAAUUAUUAAUAAACAGAAUUCUUCCUUUCCAUCAAUCUA